AUGACGCCGAGGAGAAAGCUUGUCGUGGAUGAAGCGACGGACGCGUUUCGCUACCAGUUCGAGAGUAGUUUCUGUGAUUGUGUAUACCCACCAACACUCCUACCAUUCCAUCCGAAACACCACUCAGCACUCUCGUUCAAAUGGCUGCAUUGUAAUUGGACAUUCGCAUUCGCUUCCACUUACUCACUCUUCUCGCGACUACUCCUUCGACCAGAUUUCCACCCUCACCGCGACCACCGCGGACGUCCCCACCACCGCAACUCCCUUCAUACCCCUUCGCGAAAGGAGACAACACCACCGCCGGCAUGCAUCAUGGCAGACAUAGCAAACAAUGCGCCAACGUCGCCUACAACCUUCUCAAGGUGGAUUCCGAGCCUUCCGACAAUCCUCAAUCCCUUCGCAAAUGCCGAUGCAACACCCAAAGAGGACGAACAAUCAACAACAGCUAGCAAUGGACUAGUCAAGCGGCCCACUGGCCUCUCCACAAUAUCCUUCAACGACAGCGGGCACUCCGGCCCUCCUAGUCCGAGUCGGAGCAGCUUCUUCGCGGAACCCUCACCAAGCUCCAACCAGAGCGACCGCGGUGGCUCUCCCGAAGGUAGCGUUGACGGCAAGAGGUCGAAGAAGAGUCGGCCAAAGACAUAUUACAGCGUGUGCCACCCUCCGCCGGAAUCAAAGGCUCGCCAAAAGCUUCACAGACGUCCACGAUCGCUUCUACAACUACAUCGCGUCAGCGAGCAACGCCGACCACUUCCAGCCUACGAUGUCAUUCCCAGCGCCAACUUCUCCAUGCGUAUGCACUCCGCGGUGGGCAAAGUCUUUCGUUCGAGACAUGGACUGUGUCCCAACGAUCUGGUCGUGCUACAGGCGGAGAAUUACAGCAACGGGGAUGAGGACGAGAAUGACCAAGAGGCGCGAAAUGUCAUUGGAAUGAUCUGCAAAGGAGGCCGUGGAGGCAAGGACAAAGAUGAGAGCGUCACUGCAGGACGCAAACUUCCUCGCGUCCUCAUGGCCGCUUCGGGAGAAGAAUGGGAAUCCAAGACCCUGGCCAAUGGCGGCUACGAGUUCUUCUGCCCGGACUCUCACGGUCUCGGCCAAACCAUCCGCUGGAUCCCCAAACGCAACAAGGAUGGAUCAACCGUCGGUCGUGACGGCACGCGAAAGUUCAACUUCAGCACCAUAUCGCCCAAUACCCGCCGACAUCCGGUCAUCGCGAGUCUGUCCAAAACCGCACUCGACAUCAAUGACACCUAUAAACUCCCUGACCCGGCUGGAGGCACACCACUGGGCACUCCCCAGAGAUCUGCUGCCAAUCUUCUUGACGACGACGAAGAUCCAAUUGACUCCACACAGCAAAUAUUCACUCCCGACCAACCUUUGCGCGACCUCAUCACGCUUACCGCAAUCUGGGUGACGUUCAAAGAAGGCUGGAGCGCGAGUCUGAAAUUCGACGAAGUGUUACCUUCCGCUCCCGGAUCGCCGAGCAAACCCUCAUAUUCUCACGGUCAUGCUCCCUCCUUGACUUCCUUGAACUCCCAACCCGGCUCUCCUGGCCUGUCCUCUGGAUUCGCAGGAUCAGACAAGCGGUCGAACAGCAUGAAAGCUUUCUCCUCCGAUCUCAUGCGCAAGACCUCCCUGCUGGGCAAAGACCGCAACAAACGUAACUCCGCGACCGCGGCUUCCGAUGAUGGAGCCGAUGCGUCGAGAAAUACGUCUGUCGCAACCGCCGUGCAGACGGGAAGGAGCAGGGCGGAUUCUUCGAGUACAGUGCUGGUGCAUCGAGCGGCGAGUAAUCGGAGGAGAAAUAAUCAGUUGAAAGAGAUGGUUGAGGGGAGUUCUGGGACGCUGGAGGAAGUCAGCUCUAAGAGAGAGGAUGAUCGACGGACCGGGAGGGAGGGUCAAGGGGAAAGUGAGAGCGAGUCUGAUAGUGAAGACGAUGAGGAGGCAUCUGAGGACGCGAGGAGGAGGGAGAGAAAGGUUUCGACGGAUCAGUCGAAGAGUAGAGGUGGGAGCGGCAGUGGAAGUGAGGGUGCAGGCGCGCCGGCUGUGGUGCAGGCUUCUACUGCUUCUCACGCGACCAAUGGAUCGAACAGGGGCAGGAAGAAGGAGGUCGUGAGGAUGAAGGAUGGUGGAGCAGUGAAGGCGAGUGGCAAGCAGAAAGGCUGGAAGCGGUUACUCUGUGGUUUGGCGAAGUGA